AUGCCUCCUAUCAGGAACACAGUGAUUGGAUUGAAGGGCAAGGGCCCUCCUGGAGUGAGGCCUGCUCCUGCUGUGGUUCCUCCCCCUGCUCCUGCUCCUGAGCCUCCUGUCUCUGGGGCUCCUGAGGGUGAGAAUCCUGCCAAUGCCCCUGGAGAGACUGAGAAGCCUCCGAGGAAGCUCUCGAAGGUGGAGUUGAAGGCCAAGAGGCACUUAGACACCAUUGCUCCAGCCAAGGCAGCAUUCGAGGCGCUUCCGAAGGAUCAGAAAGCUCCAAAGUCCAAGACGGAUAGGACCAACCACACCAAGAGAGAUGCAGCCAUUGAGGCUGUCGGGAAGGCGCUCACAAUGGUGACUUAUGCGAGGCGAGGUGAGCGUGGUAUUUGUACUGCGGAUGGCUGCGGUGGUGAGUUCUUUCUGUGGUUCAAGGAGAAUUACUAUGACUGA